UCUGUCCGAGCGACCCCGCCCCUUACGAACCCCUCAGGAGCGCGCGCCUCUCCGCGUGCACUUCCGUGAGCAGAGCGCGUGCGGGACUUCGGGGCGCAAGAGACGGUUACAGCUUUGAGAUGUCUUACUCAUCGCGAAGCCAGGCUGACUGUAAGGUCUAUGUGGGUGACCUGGGCAAUGGUGCAGCGAAGGGUGAGCUGGAGAGGGCGUUCAGCUACUACGGGCCACUGCGAAGCGUCUGGGUGGCGCGAAACCCACCUGGUUUUGCAUUUGUGGAGUUUGAGGAUUCCAGAGAUGCAGAAGAUGCAGUGAAGGGGAUGGACGGAAAGGUACUCUGUGGAAACCGCAUUCGCGUUGAAAUGUCCAAUGGAAUGACACGGAAGUCUCGCUUUGGACGGCCAAGCCGACGACAGUUUGACCCAAAUGACCGUUGCUACCAGUGCGGAGAAACUGGUCACUACGCAUACGACUGCUACCGCUACAGCGGUAAGAGAGGUGGCCGACGCAGCAGGUCUCGAUCUCGGUCCAGAUCUCGGGGGCGACGCUACUCUCGCAGUCGUAGCAACGAACGGAGGUACCGUUCCCCAUCCUACUCCAGACGAAAGAGCCGAUCAGUGUCUCCGGCUCGUUCCAGGUCCAGAACACCAGUCCGGCACUCUCGAUCCCCAGUGCGCAGGUCCAGAAGCCCCGCUAGGAGGUCCAGAACGCCAGUCCGCAGGAGCAGUCGCUCCCGGUCUCGUUCCCGUUCUGGCUCCAGACAGAGAGCACGCAGUGCGUCCAGGUCCAGAUCCCGCUCCCACAGCACCAGAAGAGACAGUCGUUCUAGGUCUGCCAGUCCGAGAGCCAGUCCAACACCUGAUGCUGACUGAUCUGAAAUGUUGACACCAUUCUCUCUACCUGCUCUUUUUCUCGGUUUCCCUCUCAUUCUGACCCGAGGAACAUUUUUUACAUUUUUUUUUUCUCCCUUCCCUUCGCUCUGGUACAGUGAAGUCUCCCCUAGUGGUCUGGAAUUCAGCUGCAGCGCUGGUUUCAUUUUGAGGUUUUUAGUUCUAUUUGACUGACCAGCCUUCUCCACGUUUUUCAUUUUCAAGUCCGCAUCUUCAGCCUGUUUUCUAAAUCUUUGAAACGUUUUUUGUUUCCCUCCCUCAGUCUAUACCUCCUUUCCUGUAUUUUAGUUUACAGUUUUAAAUGAUUUUAAGGUUUUGUUUUUGUUUAUUUUUGCAUUUCUUUGUAGACUGGUCUGUUAUGGAUGUGGCUAACAGGACAGUCAGCAGUGUUGUGAUGAAUCAGUGUAUUAUGCAUAUAAAAUUAGUUAUGAUUACAAAGUUGGGCUUAAUGUAUUGUUUUUCCCUCUUCAGAUGUCAAUCUUUUUAAUAAAGUGAAACUUUACACA